UGAAACACCUGCGACAGUGCCUCUUGCGCUUCGAGUCCUUGGGAAUCCAGCAUGGCGAUUUGACGCCGGCGAACAUGGGGCUGCCAUUCAAAUUGUAUCCGGGACAUCGCAGCCCAGUCUUUCUGGGUGCUUCAUCGCAGCCCUUGGUUUUUGACUUUGGGUGCAGCGAGAUCUUCUUUUUUGACACGCCGUCGCUGACGAUCAAGCCGUUCUUGCGCAAGGAAGUGUCGGGAGCAGGAGCUGCUCACUACAUGGACCUCAGAAAGAUGAUCCUGUCCACCAACAAACUGCCGCACCACCCGCUUAUGGACUUGUUCAGCUUUAGCUUCGCCACCUUUGCAGUUUUUUCCACCACCCUUCGGUCUGCGGGCUUUGUGAACUGCUAUGGAGCAGUUGUUUCUAACACUCCGGCGGGCUGUCCACGUCAGCUUUUGAAGACCAUUCAGCGUGCCGGAAAGAGAACGCACGAUCGUCUGACGCCUCAACUCUUCCGCGUCCCGGAAAUCAUCCGCAAUCAAGAUUUGUGGUCGGGGUUUCUGGGAGAUUAUUCUGAGUCGCGGGACAACAAGAACAAAUUCGCCAACGAGCGCGGUGCCAUGGUCACAGGAGACGUUUUCGCGAGUCGGGUUUCCAAAUUGGGCAAGUACGGGCGGAGAAAAAUGGACGGAAACCAAGUGAAGGAAAUCAUGAUGACCGUUUUUUCUCCGCUGCUCUUUUCGGAUUGGCGUUUUCGUGCCCCUGGUGAAACGGACAAAAAGGAACUUCCUGCCUGCCCCAACGCUUCCGAGGCUCUCAAGUCAAAGCCGAGCUACAGCAGCGUGCAGCCUUUGCCCUACAGCGAGGAGCAAAAGGAGGUGAUGACGCUCUCGAAAGACGAGCAAAGCUUUCGGGAAGAAAAUCUCCUGGAGCUGUUCUCUGAAGUUUGCGCGGCAGUGGAAACUUCUGUGGAAACGCUUCUGAACGACAAGCUUGCUGCGCAGUUCAAGAAGUUGAGCAAGAUGUUUGAAAACGAAGUCGAACGGAAGAAGCUGUUUCCGUGGUGGACCUCGGCCGGCGCCGAGGCCGGCGCGACGGGUCGUGGGGAAGAAGAGGAUGAGAAUCGCAAACGCGAGGAGGAUGUUGCGAGCAAGCUCGCGUUCCUGAAAAAACUGGGAGAGAAGCUCGCUGCGCCACCGCUCAUGACGCUUGAGCAGUUUGGCGAACAAUACGUCUUCCUGGACGCCCACGCUACGUUGUUUUUCUACUCGAAAAAUGGCGAACAGUACGCCCAGAAGAAGCAGCUUGUGCGCAACGAGCAAGAGAUCGAAAAUGUUGCCUCCGAAAUUUUCGUGCACACUCUGCUGACGCUUUUUGAAACAGAAGGCAUGCGCGACGUUUUUACUUGGGAAGGGAGCGCUCGUGCACCAGUGGCCGGGACAGCUGGUGCUGUCGCCGUUGCGGGACAGGGACAAAGCGCGGCAAUCAAUCGUUGCGUCCCGCACCUGAAGUUCUUCCUCUUGGAAAGGGGGUAUGCGUUCAUGAUGAUGGAAGACGUGAUAUCCUAUGUAAAAGCGUUCCCACCUCCGCAUUAAAGAUUUGUAAAAAUGGGAAUGGAGACUUUGGCUGUGCUGCACAGCUGACAACACAAGCGUGGCCACCGUCCCUGAGGGCAAUAAUUUCAUUUACCAAAAAUUGGCUUUGAUGUCCAUCAUAUAGAAUUAAAUGCUUUCUCAUGGGAGGACUGCCCGCGAGACACAAUCUGGGCAUGCAGAUUUGUUCGACGAAGGUGGAGUGGGGUGACUUUUCUACCGCAUACCUGCAGCCGUUUUCAGACCGCCCUUCCAUCGAGGAGCUCAUUCACAAAAACGCAUACUUCGAUCCAGCUGCUUUCGUGAAACACCUGCGACAGUGCCUCUUGCGCUUCGAGUCCUUGGGAAUCGAGCAUGGCAAUUUGAAGCCGGGGGGCCUGGGGCUGCCGUUCAAAUUGCAGACCUGGUAUCCGGGACAAGGCCCAGUCCUUGUGGGCGCUUCGCAGCCCUUAGUUUUUGACUUUGGGUGCAGCGAGAUCUUCUUUUUUGACACGCCGUCGCUGACGAUCAAGCCGUUUUUGCGCAAGGAAGUGCUGAGUGCAGGAACUUCGCGGUACGUGGACCCUGGAAAGCAGUUCCUGCAUCCAUCCUCCCUGCCGCACCACCCGCUUAUGGACUUGUUCAGCUUCAGCUUCACCAUCUUUGAAGUUUUUUCUAUCAACUCUCAGUCUGCACUCUUUGUGAGCUGCUAUGGUGGAGCAGCUGUUGGCGGCAAUCCGGACCGGCGGCACGACUGUGCAGGUCAGCAGAAGCUUUGGGACACCAUUGUCCGUGCUAAAAAGGGAACGCAAGGUCCUUUUUUGCCCCAACUCUUCUUCGUUCCGGAAAUCAUCCAACGCCAAAAUUUCUGGUCCCGGAGCGAUAUGAUUUCUCAGAACGACAACGAAUUCGCCAACAAGCUGGGUGCCAUGGUCACAGGAGACGUUUUCGCGAGUCGGGUUUCCAAAUUGGGCAAGCACGGCACGGGGGCAAAAAUGGACAGAAAACAAGUGAAGGAAAUCAUGAUGACCGUUUUUUCUCCGCUGCUCUUCUGGGAUUGGCGGCUCCGCGCCCCUGGUGAAACGGACAAAAAGGAACUUCCUGCCUGCCCCAACGCUUUCGCGCCUCUGGAGUCACUUGCGAGCUACAGCAGCGUGCAGCCUUUGCCCUACAACACGCAGCCGCAAGUGGAGGUGAUGAAGCUCUCGGACCACCACAAAAACUUUCGGAAAAAACAGCUUGUGGAGCUGUUUUCUGAAGUUUGCGCGGCAGUGGAGACUUCUGUGGGAACGCUUCUGAGCGACAAGCUUGCUGCGCAGUUCAAGAAGUUGAGCGAGAUGCUUAAAAACGAAGUCGAACGGGAGAAGCUGUUUCCGUGGUGGACCUCGGCCGGCGCCGAGGCCGGCGCGACGGGUCGUGGUGAAGAAGGAGAGGAUGUUGCGAGCAAGGUCGCUUUCCUGGAAAAACUGGGAGAGAAGCUCGCUGCGCAGCCGGUGACCACGCUGCAGCAGUUCAACGAGGACUACGCCCGCUCCUCCGAUUCCCCCAGCCCGGGGGGAUCUGCUGGGGUGUCUGUGUCUUUCUACUCGAAAGAUGGCGGGCAUUACGCCCUGAAGAGCCAGCCUGUGCGCAACGAGCAAGAGGUCGAAAAUGCAGCCUCCGCAAUCUUCGUGCACACUUUGCUGACGCUUUUUGAAACAGAAGGCAUGCGCGAUGUUUUCAUUUGGGAAGGGAGCGCUGCUGCACCAGUGGCCGAUGCAGCUGGUGCUAGCGCGGCAAUCAGUCGCUGCGUGCCGCACCUGGAGUUUUUCUUCGCGAACGAGGAAGGGGUGGUGAGCAUGAUGAUGGAAAGUGUGAUAUCCUAUGUAAAAGCGCACCCACCUCCCCAUCAAAGAUUUGUAAAAAUGGGAAUGGGGACUUUGGCUGUGCUACACAGGUGACAACACAGGCGUGGCCACCGUCCCUGAGGGCAAUAAUUUCAUUACCAAAAAUUGGCUUUGAUGUCCAUCAUUUAGAGUUAAAUGUUUUCUCAUGGGAGGACUGCACGCGAGACACAAUCUGAGCAUGCAGAUUUGUUCGACGAAGGUGGGGUGGGGUGACUUUUCUACCGCAUACCUGCAGCCGUUUUCAGACCGCCCUUCCAUCGAGGAGCUCAUUCACAAAAACGCAGACUUCGAUCCAGCUGCUUUCGUGAAACACCUGCGACAGUGCCUCUUGCGCUUCGAGUCCUUGGGAAUCGAGCAUGGCAAUUUGAGGCCGGGGAGCCUGGGGCUGCUCUUGCCGGGACGGUUCGCAGCCCCUGGGUAUGCUUCGCAGCCCUUGGUUUCUGACUUUGGGUUCAGCGAGAUGUUCUUUUUUGGCCCGUUUUCCACGCCGACCACGCCGAUGCUGCGCGAAAACGUGGCGGCAACAGGAAGUCCCGCCUACAUGGACACUGGAAAGCUGUUCCUGUUCGCCUCCGAACUGCCACAUGACCCGCUCAUGACCACGCCGAUGCUGCGCGAAAAAGUGUUGACAACAGGAAGUCUGGCCUAUAUGGACACUGGAAAGCUAAUCCUGCGCCCCUCCGAACUGCCUCGCCACCCGCUCAUGGACUUGUUCAGCUUCAGUUUUACCAUCUUUGAAGUUUUUUCUACCGACUCUGGGUCUUUGUGGUUUCAGGCCUGCUAUGAAGAAAAACUUUUUCUAGAAGAAAAACUUUUUCUAGGCUCCGAGGCGCCGGAGCCCCGCUGUCCUCAACGCCUGGAGAUGAUUGGAGCUCCGCUUAUUUGGAAGACCCUUGGCGAUGCUCGGGAGAGGGUAGGAAAGAAACGCAAACGUGAGCCCGUUCUCUUCGACGUCCCGGAAAUCAUCCGCAAGCGAAAUGCUGAAAUGUCAUUACCUCACCGAAAUGUUUUCCCUCGAAAAUCCGGAGGUAUUUCGGAGAACGACAACAAAUUCGCCAACGAACGCGGCGCGAUGGUCUCUGGAGACGUUUUCGCGAGUCGGGUUUCCAAGUUGGGCAGGCAUCGCAAGGGGGAAAAAAUGGGCGGCGAACAAGUGAAGGAAAUCAUGAUGACCGUUUUUUCGCCGCUGCUCUUCUGGGAUUGGCGGCUCCGCGCCCCCGGUAAAACUGAUGUAACGGCGCUUCCUACCUGCCCCAAGCCUUCCGAGGCUCUGGCGUCGCGCCCGAGCUACAGCAGCGUGGGGCCUUUGCCCUACAGUGGGCAGCAAAAGGAGGCGAUGAAGCUCGGGGAACCGGAGGAGGAAAUCCGGAUCACCAAGCUCGGGGAGCUGUUUGCUAACGUUUGCGUGGCAGUCGGUGGGGAGUCUGGCCGGCCCACUGGUGAUGCCCAGUCCACCGCCGGUUUGUGGCCUACUGCAGCCGGCCUUGGCGAGCGGCCACCUGAUCUAAUGCCUCAGUGA